AUGCAUGAAAGCAUCAAAGGAGCCCCUCUCCAGGGCAGGCACCAGUUUAAGUUAGAGAAGAAGGUGGAGGGCACAAUCAUAGACGAGAUUGAACAGGAAGGAGUGAAAAACUUCAAGGAACUUCGAGCCAAAUUUCAAAAGUUUGAUGCUCCAACUCUUCCAGAGCCUAUUAAAUUCCCAGCAGGUGACUCUCAAAAAGAUGAGGUGGUAUGCACACGGCCAAUUCCGAUCCUGGCCAAGGGGAAACCCCUCUCUUCCAACCAUAAUCAGCCCCUACCAUAUUCUUGCAAUGGUGAGUCCCCACCUCAGAAAACCCAGAAAACCAAGGUGACCCAGAGGAGUGAAAUUCGGAAGAGUUCAAGUUCCCCAGGACCUCUAGCAAAGUCUACUGUGUAUUCCACAGGAAACUUCCAGAAGGCCUCUGUGCUGUUGGAUGUGACUGGAUCAAAGGCCGAGGUAACCCCCAAGGAGAGAGUGGUGGCCUCCAGCAGCUUCAGAGACAAGCUCAGGAACUGGGAGAAGGUUUCCUCUCAGAGAAACGAGACCUCGUCUGCCCUUCCCCUCUCUGAUUGUGGAGGGAAGGCCUUCCAUUUGGAAGGGCAAAAAAGCAUGGGGCUUGCCCCAGAGAAGCCCAGGAAAAAGCUGGAAACCAAAGGAGCCCAGACCCUUCCUUCUCAGAGGCACUUGACGGCCCAAAGAAAAUCACUCACCAUCUCUGAAGACCCCUCUUCUCGACUUUCUCCACGCAGCAGGAAGAGCCAGGAAAUCUCCAGUCCUGAGAGGGGCCUGGCAGGCAGUACCUGCCAGCCUGUUUACGAGUAUGAGCUUGACACCCAGACCCCAGAAAAGCAGCCGGAUAUCAGGCAAAAGCAGUUUCCCAAAACGAAACCACUGCCUUCCAUUGAGUCCCUGGGUCCUCCUCCCGCCAAGCCAUCAAAGCCCCCGAGUGUGAACCUCCAGGCUUUCAAGAGGCAGCCAGCUUCUAUUGCUAAGACCCAAAAUAAAGUGACCGUAAAAGAGGACUGCCCACCUCCAGAGAGAGCAUUUAAUGCUGAAUUUGAAGAACCACAUAAUUAUGAGGCAACAAUUUCAUAUCGGAGACACUCUGGCAACUCCAUUAACCUGUGCACUGCAAUAGAAAUUGCUGAUUCAACUUAUGAAGUUGAAAUUGAAGAACUCCAAAAGGUACUGAAGCAUAUGCCUUACCCUGUACCAAGCCCUAAACAUGAAAAUCCAGAUAGAAGAAUGAAGGAAAAAGGGCCAUGUGAUUUGGAGCCUCAAACAACAGAAAAGGAUCCACAUACCAACAGUCCUUCCAAGGUAGAUGUCUGCAAAUGGACACCUGCAAAAAUCCAGAUGACCAGAGGCCAUGGAGGCCGAAGGAGCAUGCCAGAUGGGAAACAGGAAACCCUGACUGACAUCCUCCAGACAAAGGUCUGCCUGGAGGACAUGAAGCUAGCAAGUGGUGGGUACAUGGAAGCUUUGGAGGUCACUAAAGAAACCUCAGGCCCAGAAGCCUUUAAGUCAAGUUCCCUCCCAGAGGAGACCUAUGAUGAUGUGGAGUACCCUAGGACAAAUGGACCAAAGUUGGACUUCUCCAGAUCAUUUACCUCAGACAGUGAAAAUAGUGAAGAAAUGUAUGAAGAUAUCUACAAAACAAAAAGCAACUACCCCAAAAUAGAUUUAGAUGGAAAAGAAGCCCUUAAAAGACUGCAGCAAUUCUUCAGAAAGGAAAAAGGUAGAUUUAAAAUGAAGAAAACCAAGUCAAAAGAAAAUGCAAGUGCAUUUUCCAUUUCGAUGCCUGAUUUAGAACUUAGGUCUCAGGAAGUUAUUAUCUAUGAUGAUGUGGACAUAAGUGAAAAAGAGUCAAAAUCCAUGGGGACCAGAGAAAGAAUAAUAGUCCCUGCACAACUAAAGAAAAAUGAUGAAAAGCAGACUACUUGCAUGUUUCUUGCCAGUUUCUCUCCUAGAAAAUUCUUCAGAACCAAGAUGCAAAACUUAGAAAAAAACAGAAUGGGAAAAGAAGAAAAACUUUUUAGAGAAAGAUUUCAGUAUGACAAAGAAAUUAUCGUCAUCAAUAGAGCAGUGGUAUGUUCCAGUAAUUCAAGAAAUGGAAUAUUUGAUUUGCCAAUAACACCUGGAGAAGAACUGGAAGUCAUUGACACCACUGAACAAAAUCUAGUGAUAUGUCGCAAUUCUAAAGGGAAAUAUGGAUAUGUACUCAUUGAACAUCUAGAUUUCAAGAGUCAAGGUUGGUCCAGAUAGAAAGGUCAAGAUCAGAAGGGAAAGGCUGCACAACUGAGAAGGGGUCCUAGCAGCUUAGUCCUGCCUCACAGCAGUUUGUUUACAUGUCGAAAUCAGAUGGAAUCUGUGGAACUUUUGUUGGGCACUUGGAAGAAAAAAAAACAAGAAAUCCUCAACAUUUAGUUGUUGGUUUGACUCUUAAGAGUUUUCUCUUUCAAUAUCUAUUUCACUGCUGGUUUAAAAAAAUGUGAAACUGUUAUGUGAGCACUUGCUUAAUGAACCAUGUCCAAAGUUAGAAAUCAAGACUAUUCAGUUGUGCAGAUGGCUGGUUUGCUUCUAAUAUUAGUAAGAUAAGCAUGUGUAAUUUCUAGAUAUUAGUUUUAAAUUUGGUACAAUAAACUCUGAUAAUGAAGGUCCUCAAAAUCCUCAAAUUUAAAAUAUAAUAAA